AUGGCCGCCGCUGCCGCCGCCGUCGCUGAAGCCAACACUUCUGGUGAUUAUUCAGAUUUGUAUUCCCAAACAGCCGAGCAUGAUGCCGAUCAUCAAUCUUCAAAGCCACCAGCGCUUCCUGCUAUUGAGGCCUCCAUAGCCCCUACGUUGGUAGGGCAAUCAACUGAAAAUCGUUACGAUGUUCACCAGGUCAGAAGUCCUUCACCAAUGGACGAAGAGGUGGAAGGCCCAGAUGAGCACGGUUUCUCAGGUGUUAAGGAAGAGGGAGAGGCGAAUUUGGGAGAGGAUGACAUGGCUGAUGAUUCUGACUGA